UCUUUCGCUCACAUUACGCUUGCUUAUGGUGUCCUAAAGUCCUGUCUUGCUGAGGAGACCGUGACAGUGUCUAUCAGAAAGGAAAUUUAGGCCCCCAGCAAAUCACCAUGAAGAACCACGGGGAGUCGUGUGUCAGAAUCGUUGCUUUUUUCCUCACAUUUUCUUCCUCUUUUGGCUUUUACUUGAUCGCCGACUAUUACAUGGAUCCCGAUUUAGGAAAUGCAUUUGGGGGAGUUUGCAAUAAACGGGUGGAAGACGCUUGCGCAUACCUGAGCAGCCACUUGGAUUUGUUCGGGUUUUCGGACUACAGCAGCAACGUGGAUUGCACGAUGGUGUUCGAUGCUGGCAAAAUGGCUGGCGCCAAAUUCAAAUUUGAAUGGCAAUACUUCAAUGUAGAACCAUCAACCGAUUGUACAAAAGAUUACCUGGCCAUUUACGAUGCUGACAUGAACGCCAUAAACUCCACAAAUCUUGUCGGCAAAUUUUGUGGGCUUCAUGGCGUCAGCUUCAAUGGGACACCCACAGAUCGCUACAUGACCAUGGUGUUCCAUACUGAUGGCUCGGGCACCAAGAGUGGUUUUAAACUCAGAGCAACCCGUUACGAACCCUCGCCCUGUCAGUCUGAGGAAUUCUACUGUAAUGACACGCUGGCCACGGACAUCUGUAUCGACGACCGCUUGGUCUGUGACGGAACCAGGCACUGCAGCGACAACUCGGACGAACUCAACUGCUCCUUUCUUGACGAGUUGCUGGGGACCUUCUUUGCUCUGGGGCUGGGAGGAAUGGUGAUGUCCGGCGUAUUCUGUAUCGCGGGUUGCGCCGGUAUAUGGACCGUCGUCGGCGCCUUGACCUGCUGCAAGAAAUGUUGCGUCAAAUGCUGCUGUUGCUGGCCGUGUUGCAAAAAAUGCAAAGGUGGCGCUGGAAACUCGAAGGUUGAGCCUGGCAUGGAGAUGGGAGACCGUGAUGACGAAGACUUCUCUCCCCCACCCACGUACCGAGAGACCACCAAACUAGAGGAAGACGUUGAAUGGGAUGAUGUAGAGGAUGAGGUUCAGAAAGACGAUGCCGCAGGGAUUGGGAGCGAUGACCCGCGUAAUAACCUCGCCGAUGUAGAGUAGUGGUGGAUCAACGUUCUAUUACAUUUACAAAGACAUUGUUGUUAAUCAACUUUUGCAACGUUUCCUUUUAUCAUGCAGUUUCUAUAAUUGAGCACAAAUGUUAUAGGUUUAACAUCCAUCAUCAGUAUUCACACUUCUAAAAAAUACCAUUUUUUUUACAAUAGCGUUGAUCGCUUUUUGUGAUAUCUAUCAUUGUUGCGCAAAAUACUGAAGAUAAAGACCUAAUAUGUAUAAAGAAUCAUAUUGAAACAGAAGAUGUAUAAAGCGCUGCAGGAUAAAAUUGACAGUGUGCAGAGAAACGUUGGAUAUGCACACUUCUACGCCACAUAUUCCAGCGAGUGACAUUCUAAAUGAACUCGCUGUUUUCAUUGUUACAAUAUAUGGCUUUUGUUGGAGACUUCCAUCUUUGUUUGGUUAUUCAUCUGAUGAACUUGCUGUUCUGCAUCACGUCCAUUUUUGUCGGUAAUGGUGUCUCUAUCUUUGUUAUAUUCUCUAUGAAUUCAAAUAUUUAUUGAUAGUUGUCAAUCAUACUAGGUGCCAAAAAUGUAUUAAUUUAUUUCUUGUCAUUGAUUAAACUGAAGAAAAUAAAAAAUUGUCAUUUUCUUUUC